AUGGUACGGAGGAACCAACAUCUCACUCUUGACGCAGGGGAUAUUGCGUCCGAAGUGGAUUCGAACCUCUACCACGACGACACGGCGGUUCAUGACCGCGCCCACUUCUGGGAUACGACAUUCUUUCCAGGACACGCUUCCGCUCCUCCACAGACGACCCUGCAGCAGUACAUGUGUACAUACUCCGUACAUACCGCCAUAGCGGUGAAAGUCACUCCUAGUGCUGAAUCGAUGCCGCUGCCCCCACCACCUCUGCCUGCUCCAGCACGCUGGUGCAAACGUGCGAUGACUCCGACAUACGCGCGCGCCUUCGACCAAAAGAAGCGGGCCAACUCCCUCGAAGACUGGAAUAAAACCGAUCCUGGCACCCCGUCCAAGGUUACCACCAUCCAAACUCGUGCAGCCUUCUUACUCAUUCGAUGCAUUGCGGAAAGUUGUGAGGAGCAGGUCAUAGGCCAACGAGCCAUUCCGUCUCACUCGACUCCUGUUUUCCGAAAACCGCCUUACCGUUUUGAGUAUGCGAGAAAGGACGCCGCAAUCUCACUCAUCAUUACAACUAGGGCUUGGAAUCUCGUAUCAGGUCAGAUACGUUCCCUUACCCAGCUGCCCCGGGGCAUUAGACUUCUGAAGGGCUGCGCAAAUAACGAGGCCAUUGGGACAGAAGGCCAGGCGAAGGACACCGCUCUCUACCUCGUAUGGCUGGCCGCGACGUGGCAUCGAACUUCACUUCAGAUCGCCAAGCCCGACAGGGCAGAAAGUGCCGAAGAGGCCCAUACCAGUGAGCGAGCGCGGGCCGUCACUAAUUUGCCAUGCAAACCGGGGAAUGACGGAUACGACGUAUCAGGUCAAGACCCGUUCCGAGAGGCCUUGCAUAUAUCGGAGCCGGGAAGCCGUCCCCUCGUUAAGGAUCGCGUCGGGACACUUCCAACAUCGACCCUCGAUGCCGUCAAGCGAUUCGUUCGCCCCCUGCGCUGA